GAGCACUUUCUCUGCCGCAACGCUCCGGUUUCUGUCGGCUGCCUUACCGCGCGGGCUCACUUUUCUUACCUUGUAAGGCCUCGGCAUGUCUUAUCCGAUGGAUGAUUACGAUGAGGGCUCCUAUGAUCCCUAUUCUUAUCCAGGUGACUAUGAUAUGCAUACAGGAGAUCCAAAACAGGAUCUAGCUUACGAACGACAAUAUGAGCAGCAAACUUACCAGGUGAUCCCUGAAGUGAUUAAAAACUUUAUCCAGUAUUUUCAUAAGACUGUAUCUGAUCUGAUUGAUCAGAAAGUAUAUGAGCUGCAGGCCAGUCGUGUGUCCAGUGAUGUCAUUGACCAGAAAGUAUAUGAGAUCCAAGACAUUUAUGAAAACAGCUGGACCAAACUGACAGAAAGAUUCUUUAAAAACACACCAUGGCCAGAGGCUGAAGCUAUUGCUCCACAGGUUGGGAAUGAUGCAGUCUUCCUGAUUUUGUACAAAGAACUGUAUUAUAGGCACAUCUAUGCUAAAGUCAGUGGUGGUCCAUCCUUGGAACAGAGAUUUGAAUCUUACUACAACUACUGCAAUCUAUUCAACUAUAUUCUCAAUGCAGAUGGCCCAGCUCCCCUGGAACUGCCCAAUCAGUGGCUCUGGGAUAUCAUUGAUGAGUUCAUCUAUCAGUUCCAGUCCUUCAGUCAGUACCGCUGCAAAACAGCCAAAAAGUCUGAGGAAGAGAUUGAUUUCUUGCGUUCAAACCCCAAGAUCUGGAAUGUCCACAGUGUACUGAAUGUGUUGCAUUCUCUAGUGGACAAAUCCAACAUCAAUCGACAGCUAGAGGUCUACACUAGUGGAGGUGACCCUGAGAGCGUGGCUGGAGAGUAUGGCCGCCAUUCCCUGUAUAAGAUGCUGGGCUACUUCAGUCUCGUGGGUCUGCUGCGUCUCCAUUCACUGCUGGGAGAUUACUAUCAGGCCAUCAAAGUUUUGGAGAACAUUGAACUUAACAAAAAGAGUAUGUAUUCUAGAGUGCCUGAGUGCCAGGUUACCACCUAUUAUUAUGUGGGCUUUGCAUACCUCAUGAUGCGACGCUACCAAGAUGCUAUCCGUGUCUUUGCCAAUAUUCUUCUGUACAUUCAGAGGACCAAGAGCAUGUUCCAGAGGACCACUUACAAAUAUGAGAUGAUUAACAAGCAGAAUGAACAGAUGCAUGCCCUUCUGGCGAUUGCACUCACUAUGUAUCCUAUGCGCAUAGAUGAAAGCAUUCACCUGCAGCUCAGAGAGAAGUAUGGGGACAAGAUGCUGCGCAUGCAGAAGGGAGAUCCCCAAGUAUAUGAAGAGCUCUUUAGCUACGCCUGCCCCAAGUUCCUCUCGCCUGUGGUCCCCAACUAUGACAACGUACAUCCCAACUAUCACAAGGAGCCUUUCUUGCAGCAGCUGAAGGUCUUUGCUGAUGAAGUUCAACAGCAAGCCCAGCUGUCCACAAUCCGCAGCUUCCUAAAGCUUUACACUACUAUGCCAGUCGCCAAGCUGGCCGGCUUCCUAGACCUCACUGAGCAGGAGUUCCGCAUUCAGUUGCUGGUCUUUAAGCACAAGAUGAAGAACCUGGUCUGGACAAGUGGGAUCUCUGCCCUGGAUGGGGAGUUCCAGUCGGCCUCAGAGGUGGAUUUCUACAUUGACAAGGACAUGAUCCACAUUGCAGACACAAAGGUUGCUCGCCGCUAUGGUGACUUCUUCAUCCGUCAGAUCCAUAAGUUUGAGGAGCUGAAUCGGACUCUGAAGAAGAUGGGCCAAAGACCUUGAACCAUUCUCUGGCUUUUUUGUCUUGAAGGCAAAUGAAGUAGGAGGGGAAAUGAGCUAUGGAUUCUGGAAUUUUCUAUAGUUCUGUGCCAUUUUGCUUUGGAUAGCAGAUGGUUUAGCUCAUACAAAGGACUAAGAAAUCUAAUUAAAUGAGUGAAAUCUA